UAUCCCUUCACUGCUGCAGUAUCUCUUUCCAGUCUCUCUUCUCACUUUUCCACCCAAACACUCCUUUUCUGUAGUGUCGUAAACAACUUUGCCCUUACUUCUUGUAUUUGUACAUUCAAAACUCCUCUUUUUGCCUUGCUUCAUCUCUUCUCUGGAUUGUUGCAAAUUCAGAGCCUCCUCAACAUGGGAGCUCCCCUGCAUUCUCAAUUACUACUAUUUAUCUGCAGCCUCAGUUUAGUUCUGCUUUCGUUCAAAAUCCAAUUAACUUAUGCCAUGUCAACAAUUACAGCAAUGGCCAAAGACCAAAUAGCCUGCACAAUGUGCUCCUCCUGUGACAACCCAUGUCAGCUAAUCUUCUCUCCACCACCACCAUCACCUCCGCUUCCAUGCCCGCCUCCACCGUCACCGCCGCUGCCACCACCUCUGCCCCCACCCUCAUCAGUCUAUAAUAGUCCACCGCCUCCUUCACCGUCCAGUUCUUGCCCGGGAAACUGCUCUCAGCCUUUAUCACCGCCUUAUAAUGGCGGAGGUGUCGGUGGCGGUGUCGGUGAUGGUGACUACUUCUAUCCUCCGACCAACCCUUCUAUAUAUCCAACUCCUCCACCUCCAAACCCCAUCGUACCGUACUUCCCUUUCUAUUAUUACAACCCUCCUCCACCUAGUACACUUAUCUCCGACUCCGCUCAAUUUCAAAACCAUCCUUUUAUCACUUGUCUCAUCCAUGCCAUGGCCAUUUUCUUGCUUCUUUGACCUUAAAACAAGAGCAAAACAUUAGAAUUAACUGUUUUUUUAACAGCUGUGUUUACUUUAUUCCUUCUAUAUAUCCAAUUUGAAUAUAUAUUUCAGGUUUAGGUAAUCUUCAGAAUGCCACAGAAUGAAGAAAGGCCAGGGGAUAGAGAGGAGGAACAAGAAAUGGUGGACAAACAAACCGGGCCACCAAAUUGCCAUGGAAAAAAGAGUGUUUAUUGGAGGACAUCCUAGUCUUCUUUUGCACACGUGGAAGUAGAAUAUUAUAGCUCUAAGUAUUCUUACCCAUGAGUCACAUUCUUACUACAUUUAAUUUACAUAUAGGACCAAAAAAGAAUUCUUGUUGCAUGCAUGCAUGUACUCAUCCUAUAUGAAAAUGUUUGAUUAUCUUAAUAUUCAUGUUUCAAAUUGUUCAAUGACAAAUAUAUCAUUUCCUUU